AUGCCAAGACCUAUUUACGUACUUCUCAUCGAUUGCUUCCUUGGCCUAUCAGUCACGUACACCUGCCUAUUUGAGCAUGUGAGGGGUCACAAAAAAACAGUUACCUUUGACAGAGAUUUCUACAAAGAUAAACUCCACGUGAAAAACAGAAAGAAGUAUCUAUUUGUGUGCCCAAGUUCGUCCACAAAUGGCAAGAGGAUCUCUUCAAAAGAUUUCAUUUUGAAGCACCACAAGAUCAACCACCUACCAAGUGAAGUGCCCAACCACGGCGUUCCCCUGUUGAGAGCAAACCGCAAAUCCCUCCUGACACUGAACAAGUUUAAAAUAUUCAGUAAUGACAUUCGAAAGGACAGUUUUUCAAAUGAUACUGAAGAUGGAGGAGAAAAUGAGCAGCAGAAUGAAGAAAAUCCAAUGAGUGAAAAAGACGACAAAUGGAAAAAAUAUUACGAAGACAAGAGGAAGAAAGAAAUAUUGAAAGAUUUAGAUAGCAGUGUGCGGAAAAGGGAAAAACGAUCCAUGAACAGUACUCCUGGGGGGGGAGACGAUUCUAUGGGUGAAGAGAUGGGUAGCCGAGAUGGCGACAAAGAUGAACGAAGGGACGAUCGCACAGGGGAAGAAGAUGGAGAAGAUUCUGACGAAUAUGAGGAAGAUGACGAAGAUGACGACGAUGAUGAAGAUGAUGAAGAUGACGAGGGCUACGACUCGUACGACACCUACGACGCCGAAGACACGCACGACUUCCAUGCACACCGCAACACACAGGACAAGAGGGAUAUUCACCUGGAGUACCCCUACAACCACGAAGAGGCACAAGGGAAAAAUCUCCUUUUCGCGAACAACAGAAACGAAAACGCGCCUGGGAAAUUUUAUGACGACAGAAACGAUGGGCCUGCCUCCAACCCCCCCUCAAUAAACGAAAGCAUAAAUAAUAUCUUCUCAGCGAAAAGAACGACGAAAGAUUUCCCCCUCUUUUUCCCCUUGAACAAUAAACCCUUCGAAAAUAGCAACAAUAAAUAUUUUGACAAAAUUUCCAGUAUCCCCCCAAAUGAGCUCAUUAACCGAUUUUUUGAAAACACAUCCGAAAGGGUUAAAGAAGCUGUAAAGAAUAUCAUUUUUAACAUCAUUGGAAAUAUUCAAAAGUACACUAUCGAAACUUCUAUUCUGAUUACUUACGAUAAAAUUUACAACUUUCUCCUGCAAAUUAUCCUCACGGGGUACAUGAUAAAGAACGCAGAUUAUCGACUCAGCCUUAAUGAGUCUCUCUACGACCAAAAUAGUAUUAUAAACAGAAAGGAGGAAGACUUCUUCAAUUUGAAAAAAUCCUUUUAUGGCUUAUUUGCUGAUAUUCACAAGAGAAGUGGAGAAGAAACGCUCAACGCAAGUGAGUUAAGUGAGCCGAAAAAUGGCACUCAACAAGCGCCGAGCCAAGAUGGGGAAGUCAUGCAAAAGAGCCCAAACCUUGAUGAGGAAACCCUAAUCAGUAAUAACUUACAGGAUCAUCUUAGCAAUGAUGAUCUCCCUGAUCAGGAUGGUAACCCGUAUAGUUAUGAAGAGGGCCACCAAUUACCAUCCGACAGCGCAUCCUACACGAGCGGCAAAAAUGGCGAAAGCGAUAACUUCCCAAUAAUUAACACAAAAAAUUAUAUUAUAUUUUUACGAAAAAAAAUUAAGUCUUUAGAAAUGCAGUUAAAAAAAUUAAAAGAAAAUAAAACCAUUCUAAAUGACGACUUACUUUCUUACAUAAAGUCACUAACAGAUGUGCAGCUACGUUCACUGACAGACAACAUCGGACCAUUGGUCCUCGAUGCAACAAAAAAAAUUGUAGAAUUAGUAAUACAAGGCAUGACACUGAACAUUAACAAAAACUCCUCCAAUGAAUUAAUAUAUGUAAGUGGGUCUGUGCUCACUUACAUCUGCUUCUGGCAGUUGAUAAUCGGGUACACCCUCAGGGAAAUGGAAAUUCGCGAUGAACUCUCCGAUUAUCUCAAGGGCAACUAG